CGAGCGUGCGAUAUGGGUCGAUCUCUAUCCCUUGUUCUUGGCCUUGUUCUUGGGUUUUUGGUGCGAUUCGCAGCGAGCGCGGCACUCUACAAGGUGGGCGACAAUCUGGGCUGGAAUCUCAACGUGAAUUACACGCAAUGGGCGGCCAAGUACCCGUUCGCAUUGGGCGAUAGCGUCGUGUUUGUUUUCAGCGGAUCUCACUCGGUGCUGAUGGUGAACGAGAUCGAUUACGUGCUGUGCAACAUUCACAAUCCAGUCCAGAGCUUGUUGAGCGGGCGGGCGAUCACCCUGGCAGCGCGCAAGAACUUUUUCAUCUGCGGGAUCCCGGGGCAUUGCAUCACGGGCAUGAAAGUGGCGAUCUAUGCGUCAGUGGCCUCCAGUUCGCAAUCGGUAGCAUCAGAUUUCUCGUCGCCCUCGUCGUCCGCCCGGUCUUCUUUCCCAGAUUUUGGGCCGCGUCACGGGCCCGCUCUUCCCACGAGUUUGGGGCUUUUGGCUCUAAUCUUCUUGCUGCUUGUGAUCUAGAUCGAAAAAAAAGGCGAGAUCAUCGAGAGAAUGGCCGAGAAUGCGUGAGGAUUCACGCUUGCCAACGGCACAGCAUCUGGGAGUCACACUAAACGAUAAACAAAAAGGGAGAGAGCUUUCUUCCUUUAGUCAACUCUAGGCAACCUUUUAGGGCUAGUCAACAACAGUUUGACUAUAGAAUCAACUCUGGAUAUUCCCAAUCCAGAUAUUUGUAAAACCCUUGAUGUGGAGCACUCGUGUGCCUUGAAUGAAAGAUCUCGCCCAGACGGGCUUUGGAUGA